AUGAUACCAUGGCCUGACCGGGAGAUGAUACGAUCUAAUAUGCCUAUUGCUUUUAAAAACUUCAAUACCACACGAAUUAUAAUGGAUUGUGCAGAAAUUCCUAUUGAAAAACCACAUUGUGUCAAGUGCAGAAUAUUGACUUAUUCAAAUUAUAAAAAACGCCAUACAAUCAAGUGGAAUGUUGCCUUGACGCCGUCUGGUCUUAUAGUACAUGUCAGUAGCAGUUAUGGAGGUAGAUCAUUCGAUAAAUUUAUCGUUAUUGAUUCUGGAAUACUUGACAAGUUAGAUCCUUAUGAUGCUGUAAUGGUGGACAGAGGCUUUCUAAUUGAAAAUGAAUGUUUACAAAGACAUCUUAUUCUUAUACAACCACUUUUUCUAAAGAAAAAGCUACAACUUUCAAAGGCAGAAGCACUUCGUAUUGCUGAAAUAGCCCAAGCAAGAGUACAUGUGGAACGAGUUAUUCAAAGAUUGAGGGAGUUUUCUUUCUUGUCUGAUGAAGUACCAUGGAACUUAAUCACAUAUUUUGAUGAAAUCUUAAUAAUUAUGGCAGCUAUUGUAAAUCUGAGUGCACCAGUACUCAACAUGACAAAUAUUCGUAAAUUUAUUCUUUAA